AUGAUGCCAGUAGACUCUGUGCAUGCAACAAUAGAAGGAUUUAUACAGAAAAGAACUAUUUACGCACCAUCUGAAUGGCAAACUUUGAUUGGAAAUGCUCGGACAAAUCCCAAAAAAUAUGAGACAAUUCUUUUAAAAAAUAAUGAAAUUAAAGAUUGGAAUUCCUAUGCAAUAGCCUUUUUACCAAACAAAAUUAAAAUACAAACAAGCAAGCUGCGUAACGCUAGAUUUGAAAAAGGCGACAAGUUCUAUCUUAAAUACGACUAUGAUGGACCCGAACAAGCUAUUGAUGUGUCUCUUAUAUUGAGGUCUCGGCAGAAUCAACAAGCUAUUCGUGAACCUAAAACUGCUUACACUGAAAAACUUCCCAUCUCGAAGGCGAAAUACGAAGAUUUAAAGAAAAUGUGCGAAAAGGGUAUCAUACCAGAAUUUUAUACAAAAGAAUAUCUGGAUUUGCCCUGCGAUAGAAACACAAGAGACGCUUUACCUGAGACUGAUGAAGACGAGGACUGA